CAGCUCCUCUGAUUACCACAGUUUCUCCGAGCACCAGUCUUCCUCCUCAGUGUCCGGAGAACCAGGUGAAGCUGGAAAACAGCACCGUCUGCAGCUGUCCAUCCGGCAUGGUGAAGGACGGAGACAACUGUAGCUGCCCUGGGGGCUUCACUCUGGAGGGGGCCGCAGGGUGUAAAGAUGUUGAUGAGUGUGAAGCGGGGGGACCAUGUGGUCUCCACGCCGACUGCGCUAACGCACCCGGAUCCUACUCCUGUAGCUGUCUCCAUGGUUACCUGAUGGGUGCUGGAGGGUGCAAGGAUAUAGACGAGUGUGCUCUGGCGGUGGUGACGGGCCUGCAGGCGUGUCACGGCGAUGCCGAAUGCAGAAACACACCCGGCGCCUUCACCUGCUCGUGUCCCGCAGGAUAUGUAAUGGCUCUCAAUGGACGAAGUUGUGUAGAUGUGGAUGAGUGCAGCUUCGAGGAUCAGUGUCGCCGUGAGCUGGGUAACGAGUGUGUGAACAUUCCCGGCAGCUUUACGUGCCGCUGCCGGCCGGGGUUCAGAGCCGAGGCCCCCGCCUGCGUCGAUGUGGACGAAUGCUCAGAGAGUCCUGCGGUGUGUGAUGGUCAGGGUUUGUGUGAGAACACGCUUGGGAGCUACAAGUGUGUGUGUCGACCAGGUUACCGUGGAAACGGCACACACUGCGCAGAUAAGAAUGAGUGUGUGUCAGGUGAUCACGGGUGUGACAUCAACGCUAGCUGUGGGAACAUCAUCGGCUCUUAUUUCUGCCAAUGCUACCAGGGCUUCAAUGGAGACGGCCACUCUUGUUUUGAUAUUGAUGAGUGUGCUCUGAACAACGGCCACUGCCAACACAACUGCUCCAACCAACCAGGAAGCUUCAGCUGCCGGUGUGCCUCAGGCUACCAGCUGCUGGAGGAUGGACUCACCUGCACAGAUGUGGAUGAGUGUUUGGCAGUGAACGGGACCUGUGAUCACAUUUGCAUGAACACUCAGGGAUCUUUCCAGUGCUCCUGCAGGGCCGGAUACCAGCUGCACAUCGACAGCCACACCUGCGUGGAUAUUGAUGAAUGUAAGCUCCAGCGUGGUGGCUGCUCGUACACCUGCACCAACUCUCCAGGAGGACACAUCUGCCACUGCCCUGCCCCCCUGCUGCUGCACAGCGACAACCACACCUGCACCAAUGUCACUUCUUGCAAGCUGAGAAACGGUGGCUGUGAACACGUCUGCAGCGUGAGAGCGGAGGGUCAGAUCCGCUGCAGCUGCACAGCCGGCUGGAAGCUGGGCGACGACCAGAGGAGCUGCGUGGAUGUGAACGAGUGCGGGGACUUUACAAACGGAGGCUGUGAGCAGCUCUGUGUGAACCAUCCUGGAGCGUUUCACUGCAGCUGCCGGGGGGGCUACGAGGUGCAAACUGACGACCGUACCAAGUGCAAGCCUGUGUGUAACACUCAGUGUCAAAACUAUGGAGUGUGUGUGGCUCCAAACAGCUGCGACUGUCCUCCAGGCUACCCUGGACUGGGCUGCUCAGCCUCGUGCUCCCCACCCUGUGCUCACGGAGGAACCUGUAUGCGCUGGAACAAAUGUCUGUGUCCUCCUGGCUGGAAGGGAGCAGGAUGCCACACAGCGGUGUGUGAGCUGCCCUGUACUAACGGUGGUCGCUGUGUGGGGCCUGAAACCUGCCAGUGUCCCUCUGACUACACCGGCCCCCAGUGCCUCCUGCCCUUGUGCAGCCCUGUCUGCAGAAACGGGGGAAGAUGUGUGGAUGUCAACCAAUGCACAUGUGUUGGUGGCUGGCAAGGUGCUCGCUGCCAAAUAGAGCCCGUUCAGUGUCACAAACCAUGUAAAAACGGUGGAGUGUGUGUCGGCCUCAACAGGUGCCGCUGCGUCAAAGGAUAUACUGGAAUUCACUGUGAAACGGCUCUGACCACGCCCUGUGUGCCGCCCUGCCAACACGGGGCCACCUGCAGUCCUCACAACACCUGCACCUGUCCAGAGGGGACGGCAGGCCUGCGCUGCGAGAAGCUGACGUGCCCUGUGGUCACCACGGUGGUCAGCAGGGCUCGAGCCGUAAGAAAGGCGUUCAGGGAGAGUUACGUGGACCGCUGCGGACCCCUGGGGGUUCGGCUCUGCACUAAAUACAGGUUUCUUACUUGUUUCCUUAUUACAUCCUCUAGAUCUUGA